AUGUCCUGCAAAUCAUCCAACCUCGUUGCAUCGGUCCAGGCAAUAGCUUCCUCUCGAUCCCGACAUACGCGAGGCUUUCGGUCACCCAGGCCUUUCUCUUUGGCUUUUUGGUUUCUGUGCCUAUUACUUCUGGACUCACAGCUGAGCUUCGUGGCCGAGAUGGCAGUGAUAUCCGAUAUCGAGCGUCGCCAUCAAGCCGAGACUCAAAUUGUUGCCAAGGAGGCAGCAAAGGCGAAAGGCAAUCAAGCUCGCGAUAAGCGAUACCCACACCAUACCGAAGCACAGGUUGCGGCCAAAGAAGCAGCGGCCAAGCAUCGCCAAUCGCGAGAGCCACAUCACACAGAAGCGCAACUUGCAGCAAAGGGAGCAGCGGCCAGGCAUCGUCAAUCGCGAGAGCUACAUCACACCGAGGCACAGAUCGCGGCCAGAGAAGCAGCGGCCAAGCAUCGUCAAUCGCGAGAGCCUCGCCACACGGAAGCGCAAAUUGCAGCGAAGAAGGCGGCGGCAAACAUGCGUCAAUCUCGGGGGCCUCGUCACACCGAAGCUCAGAUCGCGGCCAAGAAGGCGGCGAAAGCUAAGAAGGGACAGAACUGA